AAGAGCUCUAGUUCGAAUUUCUUCACAUUUUUCUCACCACUUGCUUACAACCUGAGAUAUCGGUGAAAUUAUUACACCCUUCUCAUGGAUUUUGUUCCUGAGCGGGAAGGCGUUGUUAAGGACGAGAAGACAGGUGAGCUUUAUAUCCCUGCCACACGUCGACCAGACGGAACUUGGAGAAAGCCCAGAAAAGUCAAAGAUGGAUAUGUACCCCAGGAGGAAGUUCCUGUAUAUGAAAAUCGAGGAGUCCAAUGGAUGAAAAGUCGACCCACCCUGCCCCCUGGACUAAACCCAGAAGAUGUUGAGGCAUCGAAAAAAUCCGACAGCCAACCCAUGUCUAAGUCUGCUAAAAAGAACGCCAAGCGGAAAGAAAAGAAGAAACAUCAACAGGAGUCGGGGGCUGGGGGGAGGGGGGAAAGUGUAGAGACAGUUACUGCAAUGCUGGCAGCUUCGAAAAUUCCUGAUGCUUCUCAGAAUGAGGCUCCACCUAGUGAUAAAGCAGCCAUAGAAAAGAAACUUAGGAACUUGAAAAAGAAAUUAAAACAAGUGGAUGACUUAAAAGCUAAAAUUGACUCGGGUGAGCUAAAGAAUCCGGAAAAAGAGCAGCUGGCGAAGGUAGCGAAGAGACAAGAAUUGGUGGAUGAAAUAGAAGACCUGGAAUUAGACUUAGAAGAUUAA